AUGAUGGCUGCCUCUGCCUUCGCUUCCGCCAUGCUUAGGGGCAGCGACGCGCACGGUGCACGCCACGCCUCCCGCCACGCUGCCUCCAGCCUUCUCCCCGUGGACUCCCUUGGAGGUACGACAUUAAUAAGUGGGUCGGCGCUGGGUCUGUGGCUGGCGGGUAGCUCCCUCCUCACGAUGGUGGGACCUGAGCGGUGGCAUGGGGCGCUGCUAGGGCUGGGCACGGUGGUAUUGGGUGUUUUGGGUUUGGCUGCCUCGGGUCGCGAGUGCCUGUCCCUCCGCACGCUGAUGCUCAUGGGGUUGGGCUUCUCAGCGCUGUCGACACUGGAACUCAUGCAGCUGGUGAGUCGCGGCGUGGAGACCCAUUGCAUGUUGGCGGAGGCCACCACUCGGAUUCGGCAUUUGGAGGAGCGGCUCGCGCAGAUGCGGCAGGACGAGCUCAUCACGCAGGACGACAUGCUGGGUAUGGUUCAGCAGUCCGCCACCGCGCACACGGAGGCGCACGGGGCGGUGUGGCGGGCGGCCCAGGCGGACCGGGACUACCUGCGAGCCAAGACGGCGGCACUCAGGCGGCACGCGGUGGCGGUGGGGGACGCGUUGCGGGCCAAGAUUGCCGAAAGCAAGGCCAACGCCUCCACCUCCUCGGCCGCCGGUAACGACAGCGAGCUGGCCCAGUCGCUGUGGAGUGUAGAGCGGCGGGUGGAGGCGGUGGACAGUGUCGUACGCUACUUGGACCAGAAAGAAGCUAACAACGAACUGACGUACGAAGAAUACGAGAUCAUCCUGGAGGCGCUUUUGGAGGGCUCCAACGGCCACGUGCCCGCCGCAACCACUGCCGUACUGCGGGAGGAGAAGGGUGGCCUGGAUACCAUAAAGGCGGCGUACGAGCGUCACGCAACUCAGUCGUACGAUCACGUGGUGGCGGCGGGUGGCGGCGGUGCCUCGGCCAGCAUCGGCGCCGUCACCCGAGUCCAGGCUCGAAAGGAGAGCGCUCGGAAGCAUUUCGAGAAUCGCUUCAUGGAUAUCUUCCACAAGCACGGCGCACAUCACGGCGCCGCCUUCAGCGCCAGCCUCAACGAGGCCCUGCAGUCGCUGCCGGAGCGCUGCGUGCGUGACGUGGACGCGUACGCCUGGUUGCGGCUGUUGGGGUGGCUGCUGCUGGCGGCCCAGUUCGCCGGCGGCUACACUGCCCUUACGGCCUUCGUGCUGGUGGCCAAGAAGGACGACUGA